AUGCAAGCAGCUGAAAAAAUAUGUUUAUGGAAUUACCAAUAUAAAAGUUCUCUUGAAACAACAUCAUAUUUAACAUGUACUGAGCGUUUAGCAUGUGACACAGAAAUGUCAUCAAAAGCAAUAUAUUAUUGUAUACAAUGUAAUUCAUUACAAUGUAUUUUAUGUGAAAAACAAAUUCAUGAAAAUUCUGAUCAUGAAAAACAUGAACGAUUAAAUUUAGAUGCAAUUAAUGAUGAAUAUUGUUCUAUUGAUCGAAAUCAUCCAGCUAUUUUUUAUUGUCCUAAUUGUACAUUAUUCUUUUGUUAUUCAUGUUAUGAAAAUAAACAUCAAUAUUCAGAUGGAAAAAAUCAUAGGCCACAAAAAUCUAAAGACGGACACAUUUCAACAAUAAAAACUAAUACUGAUCAACAUCGAAAUGUAACAAAACCAAUACAAAUAAAUUCUUCUCAUAAUUCAAAAGAACGAACAAAGAAUCCAAUACCAUCACCAUCUUCAUUUGAAGAUGUUAAAGUUGAUGAUAGUGAUGAAAAUAAUUAUUAUUCUCCACCUAUACGAAAAGAACAUGGAAUAAAACCAAAAAUUUCCAAUUCUAAUCCUAUACCAAAACAACAUAAUCUUGAUCAACAAAUGUUACUUGAAUCAAUGUUAGAUAAUGAUAUUGAUGAUCAAAGAAAUAAUCAUCAUGGUAUUCGAACUAAUAAUAAUAAUAAUAAUAAUAAUAAUCGUGUUUCACAUAAAUCUACAACAAAUACAGAUUCAAAUGGAGUUUUUCUAUUAUUAGAUGCUCAUGAACAUUUAACUGUUAAUAAUGAAUUUGAUUUUAUUCGUCAACUACAAUGUUCAUCACAAGAUCCAAAUGUUAAAUGUAUUUCUAUUAUUGGUAAUACAGGUGAUGGAAAAUCAUAUACAUUAAAUCAAGUAUUUUUUAAUGGAAAAGAAAAAUUUCAUACAUCAUCAACAACUGAAUCAUGUACAAUGGGUGUAUGGUCAGGAUUAGAUGAAAAUCAACGAACACUUAUACUUGAUACUGAAGGUCGACUUGGUUUAUCACAAAAUGAUAAUAUUCGUAAUAGACUUUUACUUAAAAUAUUAUGUAUAAGUGAUAUUAUUAUAUUUCGAACACGAGCACCAAAAUUACCAAAUGAUAUGUUUCAAUUUUUAUCUGAUGCUUCAAAUGCAUUUUUAAAAUAUUUUCGAAAAGAAUUAGAAAAUGUUAUGAAAAAUUGUAAAGUUGAUGGACCUAUGUCAACUAUGGGACCAACAUUAAUUAUUUUUCAUGAAACACAAU